GUCGACCUGCUCAAAUCUGUUACCAGCCCUGCGGUCUCGAAGCGUGAAAAGCAGGAGUGCGUGACUGCCCUCUGCAGCCUUUACUGCCAGUGGGCUUUACUGGAGGGCAAUCAGGGCGACUUUACGGCGGCGAAGAAAUAUCUAGCCGAAGCCCAACUACUCUCCAGUCAGCUGUCUGCCGACGCUCAACAGCAAUGUCAGGAGCAGAUGACACAGGUGGAGACUAUGCUGCAACGAUGGCAGGGUAUGGAGGCAUGUAUGGAAGAUCUGUUGGUGCCCAAUGAGGAAAGCUGA